GUGACAGAUACCUCCAUGUCACUUCCGGAAAACAACAUGGCAGUCGAAAGUGGAUUGCCUAAUUUUCAACGUUAUAUUAAUGGUGUUCCCGUUCCAAAUGGACGUAAAAUGCUACGAUUACGUGAAAAAUAUAUUAUUAUGCUUGUGCUCUUGACAUUCGGUACAGUAUGUUUCGGUGCAUUUUUCUUUCUUCCCGAUUUACGUGAUCGUGUUUCUAUGGACGGUAUGAGAAAACAUUUGAGAGAUGCUGGCAAUGUUAUAUUUUUCCCACAUGCGAGAAUAGGACCUGACGGUCUUCCAAUUUCGGAUAAAGCCAAAAUAUUAAGACAUGAUGAAUAUAAUAUAGAUCCUCACAGAAUAGAUGAUAAAGUUAGGUUAAGGGGCAAAAUUGAAGCAGCGUGGGAACAAGAUAAAAUGGAUAAGGCUUCUUUAGUUGAUCCAUUGCCAAAAGGUAAAGUUGAAAAAAUGGAAAUUAAUAAUCAAGUUGUCCCAGGUGACAAACUAUUGGACAAAAAAAAUGAUAAAUUAAAAGAGCUGUCAAAUGAUAAACAAAAGGAUGAUAAAACAAAAAAGAUAAAUAAUGAUGAUACUGGCGAUGUGGUGAAAAUGGAACAACAGGGUGACAAAUCAACUGCUGAUGAAACCGGAAAACGUAGAGAAACCGUAUUAAAGAUGAUGAGACACUCCUGGGAUAAUUACGAGACAUACGCAUGGGGUGCCAAUGAAUUACGACCCAUAUCAAGGCAUGGACAUGCCAGUAUAUUUGGAAACAUUCCGCUUGGUGCUACAAUUGUUGAUGCAAUUGAUACCCUUUACAUUAUGGGCAUGAAAAAAGAGUUUGAAAAAGCUAAAGAUUGGAUUGAUAAAAAUUUAAAGUUUGAAGGAUCGUCCGAUCUGUCUGUAUUUGAGACAAAUAUUCGAUUUAUUGGUGGGCUUUUAUCAGCAUACGCUCUAUCUGGAGAGGAGAUGUUUAAAAAUAAAGCUAAAAUGAUAGCAGAUAAACUAAUGCCAGCCUUUAAUACACCUACAGGUAUACCACAAAGUAUGGUGAAUGUAAAAACUGGUAGUAGUCGUAAUUGGGGUUGGGCAUCUGGUGGAUGUUCUAUAUUAUCAGAAUUUGGUUCUUUACAUUUAGAAUAUUCAUAUUUAUCUCAAAUUACUGGCGAUAAAAUCUAUAUGGAUAAGGUGAUGAAAAUUCGUAACUUUAUACAAAAUAUUGAAAAACCACAAGGUUUAUACCCAAAUUAUUUAAAUCCUAGAACUGGUAAAUGGUGUCAAACUCAUGUAUCUAUGGGUGCUCUAGGAGAUAGUUUCUAUGAAUAUCUAUUAAAAACAUGGUUAUUAACAGGAAAAACAGAUAAAGAUGCUAGAACUAUGUAUGAUGGAGCCAUACAGGCUAUGGAGGAUAAAAUGUUACAAACUUCAAAAGAUGGUCUUAAAUAUUUUGCAGAGUAUAAAUCAGGAAGAUUAGAACAUAAAAUGGAUCAUCUUGCCUGCUUUUCAGGUGGAAUGAUGGCUUUGGGAGCUAAUGGUUCAUCAAAUCCUACUAAAUAUUUACACCUUGGCGCUGAAAUAGCCAGAACAUGUCAUGAGUCAUAUGACAGAUCAGCAACGAAAUUGGGACCUGAAGCAUUUCGUUUUGAUGAUUCAACACAAGCCAAAGCAACGAGACAGAAUGAAAAAUAUUAUAUCUUACGCCCAGAAGUAAUAGAAACAUAUUUCUAUAUGUGGCGUUUAACCAAAGAGCAAAAAUACAGAGACUGGGCUUGGGAAGCUGUACAGGCUUUAGAGAAGUGGUGUAGAGUAGAAAGUGGUUAUACAGGAAUACGAGAUGUUUAUCAAUUAAAUCCUAAUAAAGAUGAUGUUCAACAAAGUUUCUUUUUAGCAGAGACAUUAAAGUAUCUAUAUUUAAUUUUUUCUGAAGAUUCGGUCAUACCUCUACAUAAAUGGGUUUUUAAUACAGAAGCACAUCCAUUACCUAUCAAGUCAUAAAGUCAAUACCAAUUUUAGAAUAUACACACACUAUACAUGUAAACAUGUAAAUAUUAUUAAUUGUCAUAUUUUUAAUUUAUCUGUUACACAAAAUUUAUAUUAUUAUUUGUUCAACUGUAUUGUAUAUAAAUAUAUAUGUAAACUUUAACUUGUUCUGUCUAUAAAAAUAUUGAUUUUUUAUUAAAUAUACAAAACCUAGUUAUUUUUUUUACUAGUCAUAUUAUAAUUGGUAAACAAUGGUUUGAGUUCAAUAACAAAUUGAACUUUAGAUGAGCAAGAUUUACCUUAAUAUUGAUAAAUUGUCAAUCUGGUUAAAACACAGCUCCUAUUUCGUUUCAUUUUUAUAGUUCAAAAUUUCGUUUUACUUGUCUUUACUACACCAGGAUCUGGAAGAGUUGUUAUCAUUGAUAUGUUCCGAAUGAUGUGAGGAAUUGGCCAAUGAAAAGGUCUGUUACGGCAAGCUUUAGGCAUGUUUUGCAGUAACAUCAAUGCUGAUUGGUUAAUCAAAUGUCUGACGUCCUAGGGUCAAAAGCCGCUCUUGUGACCUCUGACGUGACCUUCUAGUACAACCAGUCAGAUCUUCAUGUAGUGUAGGCCUUCAAAGGUAUAAAAAAAUGAAACGAAAUAUAGAUCUGUAUUUUUAUCAGAUUGAUAAAUUGUAAUAUUGUUUAAAUAAAAGAGAUUUUUGGUAAGACAUUGUGUGAAAGUCUAUAUUUGCCUUUUAGUCUGGAAUUUUACGGAUUUCAGAUCUCUGGGUGUGAUUUGAGCGAUAUAGGAAUCCCUUGCAAGCCCUGGUUAAAAGUGAAUCUUUAAUAGUCCAAAAAUGGUUCAAUCCCCAUUCUGUAUUUACAAAGAUAUGAUAAACUAAAAUUACAUUGAUUUAUGCUGCUCGCUAUGUAAAUAAUCCCAACACCACAUCUUCGUGUUUCUCAGGAUCUAAUUGAUGGGCCUGUUUUUAAUCUGAUUGAAUCCAAGGCGGGAGUUCAUCUAGCAUUGAGCGGGGUUGGAUGGCUGAAUGGUUAGCACGUCCACACUGAAUCAUAAGGUUUGUCACUGAGUCAACUGGUAUGGUUUCGAUUCCCCGUUUGUACAACACAAGGAGUAAGGUCGCCUGUCCUACCUCGUGGGUCUCCUCCCACUGAAGAAGACCCUACGCACAAGCAAAUUAUUGAAAUAAAAUAGAACCAUAUGUUAGUCCCAAAAUGACCUUGUUUGUGUCGUGGAUGUUAAACCCCAUUUCUCUCUCUCUCUCUCUUUAUGUUUCGCGAGAUCUAAUUGAUGGGCCUGUUUUUAAUCCAAUUGAAUCCAAUUCGGGAGUUGAUCUAGCAUUGAUAUUUUGAUUUUGUUUUUCUUGAUUCAAUAUUAAAUAAUCAAUUUUAGUACAUAUUAAGCCUGAGAAAUUUCAUAUUGUCCGAAAAUUUACAAUUACAAACAUGCUAUCUAUACUAAUAUUUGUGACUGUCGUUUGUCUGUCUGUCUGUUUGUUUGUCUGUCUGUCUGUCUGUUCGGGGUUGGCGGCUACACUAGGUCUGCCCCGAGUCUGAAAUUUGGGGUAUAGGGGUAGCUCGGACCGGGGAGUAACAUAGGCCAGGUGGCGUUAGUCUACCACUUCCGGUUUCAGAGUUAUGACCCCUGAGCGAAGCUGGGCAUUCUGCUAGUAAACUAUAACACAUACUUAUGGAAAAACAGCUACUUAUUUAUUUGGGUGAUGUUUCGAAGAGUAUUCUCUCAAUGUUGUCAAGCUAAUACAGUAAUACAAAAGUAUGCUGUUUGCUGUACUUAUUUUUUAUCAGAGAAAUGUUGUUAUGGCUACAUUUAAAUGUAAUUAUAUAUUUAGCUUAUAUCUGUAACAUUUUAAUAUCUGACUGAUGAAUCUUAUUUCAGAUAUUUUAAAUUCAUUUAAAGUCAAAAAUAUUCCUUCUUGAUUUAUUAUUUUGAAAUAGAUAAGGGGUGGGUUUGUGUUAUAUUGUUACAAUUAGUCAAAUCUGCAGAUCAAAACUUGUACUUAUGUUAAAGUCCUGAUGCGUCAUUUAGUGAUAUAGGGAUAACUUGCAAACUACAAUAUUGUGAAAGAUGAAUCUCUAAUAGGAAUAUCAGUCAAAAAAUGGUUAAAUUCCAUUAAGUGUGUACAAAGUUAUGACGCUGCCAUCUUUGAUUGGAAGCUGAGAAACCUGAUGGGUCAAGUUGAAAUCAUAUUGAAUCCAAGCCAGGAGAUUAUCUAGCGUUGGUAUUUUGAUUUAAUGAUCUUAAUUAAUACAUCUGAGUACAUAUUAGCAAGAAUUAAGCCAUGAGAAAUUUGAUAUUUUAGCCAAAAAUGUAAAUGAUGCAUCGUGCCUUUAAUUAUACACCUACUGCAGCUCAUCGCCAUAGUAACAAAGGUUGAUGCUGACUUAUUGUAAUCAUUUAUUUAUAGUAGUAUAUUAUCAGAUACGAGGAAUUGAAAUUUCAUCGAUCUAUGCAGUUCUGUAUCACCAUUUUGUUGUCCCCCAAAAUUUAAUAAUAGGCAUGUUUUAAAUGCGAUUGAAUCCAAGCAGGGACAUGAUCUAGCUUUGAUAUUUUGAUUUUGUUUUUAUGAUUAAAUGUUAAAUAAUAAAUCUGAGUACAUAGUGUUGAUUAAGCCAUGAGAAAUUUUAUAUUUAAAUGAAAUAUGCAAAUGGGGCAUCGUUACUUUAAAUCACUCAACAAAAUAAUCUUUCCAGCCUAUAUUUGGUUUGUUUGGUGGAUAUGGUUCUGAUAUUUUACACUGCACAAGAUGUAGAGUAAAACUGAGUCUGGUAAAAUAUAAAAAAGAAAGAAAAGAAAUAAUUGAAAAAAAAAAACCAGUUUGAUCAGAACUUGUUAAGCGUCCCAUACACGCACAAACUUUUUCAUCAAUAGUAUUGACCAACGUGUUCAAUAUAUAUUGUGCAAUAUUUAGUUUGAGCCCAACUGUUACAAGGGACGGACCAACUGGGUUGGCUGUUGCGCUAGCCUUAUAGAUGGAUUAAGCAAAAAAUAUCUAUGUAGAACAGCUCCAUCAAUAUAUUGACAUCAAUACUUUUAGACCGUCAAUAUCACCCCCAUACACAAUCAAAAACAUGUCAAAUAAUUUGACGUCAAUACUAUUGAUGAAAAAAUUGGGCGUAAUACAAGGACUUUCAACUCUUGUGUGUUAACUUCACACACAAUGCAUCCCCUUUUGGUUGAAUCAAAAAUCCAAUCUUCAUUUGCCCAGUGUAGGUGCAGAACAAUAAAAUUUCUUUAAAGAAUUAGCAAGCCUAAUGACAAAUCAUUGUUACUAAGCCAGUUUUACACAGAUCAUAAUAUACCCUUUAGCAAGCUGCGUGCUGCCUUUAAAUAAAAUUGUUGAUUUCAUUGGA